AUGGGCCUCGGUUCGUUCGCGCGGAUCCCGGUGGAGAUUGUGGUCCAAAUCUGCGAACAUUGCGAUCUGGAGGAUGUGUUAGCCCUUCAGGAAUCCCAUGCAACCCUGGGCCUAACCAUCCGCAACAACUACUUCACCAAGUUCCAAACGGCCCGCGUCCACUGGAUGGAGCAAGCCUCGAUCGUUUGCCUGGGCGGUAAGGAGACACGCGACAAGGAGAUCACCACCAACUCCCAGAUGUGGCGCGACGUCAUUCGGCAAGCAUCGAGGAUCAAAACGCUCGAGUUGAAGAAAACGGACGCCGCGUACCGGAAGGAGAUUCUGGUGGCAAUGGCUGGCGCGUGGAAAUUAAACGAUCUGACAUUGGUGCUGAAGCCGUCACCUCGGCCCAUUCGACCAGAAUACACUUGCAAGAAUUAUAAUCGCCUGACACGAUUCGUAGAAGCGCAAAAAGGAACACUUAGCCGCCUGGUGCUCGAAUCAUCCGCGGAAUCGCGCAUCGAACUCUCCCGGGCGGGAAAUGGUGCUCACAUCCGCUACAGCCACCAACGCAACAUCCCCCUUCAUCACCAGCUCAUCAACCCGCUUUUCCGGGCCAUGCUUACCGGCGGUCCUGCACUGCUCGAGCUCGACAUGACGGUUGCCGGAUGUGAGCAGCUGGAGUACUCUCUCCAGAGUGCUUUCCAAGCCGCGCUCCCCUAUGACCAGCGCAACGCUCUCCGCUCGCUGCGAAUCCAUUUUGGGCCCGAGGUAUCAACGCUGUCUCAUCGUGAGGUGGAUCGGGUUUUGACGACAUACGCGCCUACGCUCCACGUCACGCCCAACCUUACGCAUAUCGUCUGCGAUCUCAGCCAUUGCUCGGUUGAACCAUCAAGCCUCGAGGGCAUCUUCAUGGCAAUCUCCAGCGAACUGCGCGGUUCUCACCGAAUUUCGCUGGUGACAGCCGGACCCACACUGGAGAAGAUGCCAGAUGAGACAUCGAGACGAGCCGUUACUGACAUCUGGAAGUCGCUCCGGAUGUGGUUUUUCAGGCAGAUUGAUCAACAGGUCGAAAGGAGGGACUCGACAAUUGAGAAGCGCCCUCUUGCUCCGCCACAGCGUACCGUUGUCAAUGGACCGGUGGAUGCGGAUGCGGGCACAGUUCUUGUGGGCAUCGGACGAGCGGUCAUCGCUCGCCUGCUCUUCAUCGUACAUUCCGUCGCAACCGUCUGGGCCACCGUCACCGUUCAGGGUAGCGAAUCUGUAUGGGUUUUCGCGUUCAUCGUGCUGCUCAUCAUCUUCGAGGGCGCGUACACAAUCGUCAUGCGAGCUGGUGAUGAACGUCGAUGGUUCUGCACGUCCGUUUUCCUCUACGUGCUCGCCACUGCGCCACCGAUUUGGCUGCUGGAGAUGAAGAUGUGCGAGUGGAGGCGGGAACGAUUUGAGGGCGUUCAGCAGACAUCGCUUUAUCUUGACGACGACAACGAGCUUCGCCUCCAACUCUUGGAGCAAUUGAUGCUGGUCGUGCUCAUCAUUGGCCGAUGGCUUCUCCCUAAAGGCAACAUCAGCCGCGAGCAGCUCAGCCAAAUUCUACUGGCUUACCUGGCCAUAUCCUCCGACAUUGUCGAAUUCUUCGACGUCUUCAAGGAGCGCGCCGUCUUUACGAGCCAAUGGGUUCAGGUUUUGGUGUUGAUCCCAUGGACGCUAUCCCUGCUACAAUUCCCAUUUGUCUUGACGGUGUCGCGGGCUCGAAAAAUGCGCGUGGCCAUCACCAGUCCGUUAGAUGAGAUCGCGAUCCCGGAAAGGCCGGAUGUUUCAAAUAUAUGCAAUGAUGUCGAUAUCUGGGCUAUCGUCUUGGCAAACUGCUUGCAGGAUAUUCCCUUCCUCCUUGUCCGUCUAUACCUAAUGUUUGGCCGAGGGCUUAUCACGUACACGAUGCUCUUCUUCACGUGCAAAAAUGCGUUGAUCAUCGUCCUCCAGACAUAUCGCGCGUUUGUCUUGAUCAACGACAGAUAUAUAAAGCCCGCCAAAGGUGAGAAAAAGAAGCGCCAACAUCGCCAUAAAAGCGCGCCGAAGCGGAAGAAGCAAAGGCGCGAGUUUCACCGUAGCGAGGAAAUGGAACAUCUAUGCCCUCCGCCCGAGUUGGAAUUUGUUGAAAGAAGCCCGAAGCGAGAAAACCGAAGACGCCGAGAGCCUGAAUCCGCGCCCCGAUCACCACGCGCCCGGAAAGUUGAGCCUCCAGAAGAGAGGCGCGUCAGCAGGAGACGCUCCAAUAGCAAGCGGGCCACCAAGAAAUCGAACGAGAAUGAACGGCGGACGCGAAGCGCCUCGCGGACCAGCCCCCCACAAAACAAGGACGAGCGCAGGACGGGGAAGUCGAUAAAUAGACGAAGUUCGACUGGAUCGCGAGGGAACCGCAUUCGA